AUGUUCCCUACUCGAGCUCUACGGUCCGGCGGCGGCGGCGGCCCCAUUGGCAAAUACGGAAAGUUUCUAGGUGAUUGGGGAAACUUCGGCGGCCAACCGCAGAGGGGUAUCAUCAGCUAUACUGUCAGCUCCAACAGGCAGAACCCCUUGGCCGGCACCUUGAAUGACGCCAUCUUCAACACCUGGAGACGAUUCAGCUCCCAGGUCCUCUACAUCGCGCCCCCGCUGCUCCUCGCUUACUACGCAUUGAGCUGGGCGACCGAGCGGAACGAGUACCUCAACUCCAAGGCCGGCCGCAAGGAAUUCGCAGGGGAUGAAUAA